CACUAUACUUUCACAGUAUCUAAUCCUUCCUCUUCCUCUUCGAUCUUCUAUUCUUUGAGGGAAUCAUUACUCUCUGCAAUCAAACCCCACCCCUUUAUUAUUUACAUCCUUUUUAUUCAUACUUAUAAAAAUUCAUUACCAUUGAAUAUAUAUAUGGAGAAUAAAUUUACAUGUACAAGUUCUGAAUUUAUGGAUGAACCAUAUAUCAGAUUUCGUCCUCAUAAAAGAGAACUGAUCAAAUUUUAUCUUCUCAACAAGAUCAUCGGCAAACCCAUUGGUUACACUAAUCCAGUGAUGGACUGUGACGUGUAUGGUGACCCAAAGAUUUGGAGAAAACACUUUGAAAGAACUGGAAUGCAAACUCUUUAUUUUUACACUAAACUUAAGGGUAGAAAUAAAGGGAAAAGAGUGGAGAGAGCCACGGAAUUUGGCACCUGGAAAGCUCAAAACGAUGUCAAAGUUUAUGAUCUUGAUGACGAUGAAGAACAAGAACGUGUCGUUUUCAACAAAAGACAAUGUAAACAUAUUGGGUCUAAGAGGAGCUUCAGCUUUGUUGCGAGGAAAGGGUUUGAUGCCAGUGGUAGAUGGACCAUGCACGAGUACAGACUCGAUGGAGUCUUCAAAAGCAUACGCAAUGAUGAAGAGUAUGUCCUCUGCCAGAUUAAUAAAGUGGAAAAACAAGGAAGGAAUACUAGAGAAAAUUCACUCAAGAAAGAAGAAACUUCUCAGACAGGGUCUACAUCUGAGAAUUUCGAGUGUCCUCAACCUGUCAAUUUUCACAAUCCAUUUCAAAGUUCUCAAGAUGAAGGGGCACAAUACUCGGACAGAAGUCCACUCUGGUCUGAAAUUAGAUGGUAAAUGCAUUUGAAGAGAUCAUUUGGAUAUUGAUUCAUUCUUUACACAGUAGUUUAAAAGCUGUUCUUGAAUAUGUGUAAUCCUUUGGUGUAAUUCAUUGUUUGGUUUUGUAUUUUCGGGAUAAAGUAACUGGGCUAACUUUAAUCA